GGCCUCCUGGAUGCGUUCGAAAUGAUGCCAAUCAAUCCAUUGCCCUUUUCAUCUCGUUUCCUGUCCCUCUGGGUUUUCCGUCUUCGUCACCCUCUUUGUCGCUCUCCCUCUUGUCUUUCUUCCUCUCUUGUUCUGUGCACACCUUGCGGUUCUUCUCUCCCUGUCCCUCUCUCUUCCUCUCCCUCUCUUCUUCCUCUUCUUCUUCUGCCCUUCCUCCUCGGCCUAAUUCAUUCUUUUUCGCUUCUUGCUUCGUUCGAAAUCAAUCCACACGCUCUUUUCCGGCCGCCGCUCUGCGUUGCACGCUCGUUUGCUCGAGUCUGCCGCUCUCGAUCGACCCCGUGCCUUUAUGAUUCUCCCUUGAGAGAGCGUCUUUGUAACAUCCCUCCACGCCCGCCCUGUACUUUUCUGGCGAGGGUCUCUUCCGUGGCUCCCUUUCGUUCGCUACAUCGGCCAACCUGCUCCCGAAGAACCAUCUUCGACACUUGGGAACGUCAGAAAACUAGUCCAUUCAUUACUUACUCGUCCCUUCAUUUCAACCUGCUCGCGCCGCUUGCUCCCAAGCCAGCUUCUUCAUCGACCGCACGGCUUCUAAUCACGCCUCUCCCUUUGCCCGACUUUCGCACGCCACCCUCGCUCGAACAGUGGUCAGCCCGUGAUUGGAUCUUGUCCAACUUCGCUUUGAUUCGUUUCAUUCCCGCCCUCUUGCUGUCGAGCCUCCGCCUUUGCGGGCCUGCUAUAACUCUACCGGCGUCUGUCAAGCAAACUUUUGCCGUAAUCUCGUCCGCUAGGAUAGCGCUCUCUUUCCAUUGAGCCUUCCUGUAUCUUAAACUUGUAUUAGUUAACCGCCAGUUCUACCCGUUCUCGACACUAGCUCGUCCGGUGACGUUACAACCGGGCGGCAUCCAUUCGUCACGACGGCUGUUCUAUCGAGCUCUCUUCGGGACACGGCUGUCCCGCCGCACCUGCUCGGUAUGCAGCAUCAGGAAACCGGCUCGAAUGCUGCGCAUAGGCCAGGUCAGAUGCCAUCAUUCUCAAAGGGCUCCAUCAACGGUGACCACGCCGGCUUCUCGCAAGCCGGCUUUCACGCCAGUCGACCCUCGCUCAGUGGAUACGCCGAGACGCAUCCCAACAGGAACAGCAUCGCCAACAUCAACACAUCGCGAAUGUCGACCGGCCAGGCCGCUGACAUGCAGACACCCGGCACCGCCUUCGACAUGAACUUCACCCCGCUUCUGCCUUCGCAAUUGCUUCUGGGAAGCCCUUUCCAGCCAGGUUCGCCCAACGCAUUCGCUUCGCCCCAGUUCCAAAGCUUCGCCAACUUCGCCAGCGCAAACGGUACACAGCAUGGCCACGCAAACCAGAUGGGCAGCCCCGUUGCUGCCCAAGCGUCCAUGUCUCCCACCCUUUACCAGAACAUCAUGUCGCCGACCAUAGGUGCCGGCUCCUUCAUUUCGCCGCAGUCGCCCACCGCGGGCUACACCACUCAGAUGGGCUUUGGCAGCCAGCUAGGCGUCACCCCGGGUCUGCUGUCAGGGACGAGCAGGACCGUAUACCUGGGCAACAUCCCCUCUGACACUACGGCCGAGGAGAUCCUGAAUCAUGUCCGCAGCGGACAGGUCGAGUCUGUGCGACUGCUUCUGGACAAGAACUGCGCUUUCAUCUCCUUCCUCGACAGCAGCUCGGCUACACACUUCCACUCGGACGCUAUCCUAAAGAAGCUCUCCAUCAAGGGACAGGACAUCAAGAUCGGCUGGGGUAAGCCCUCUCACGUGCCCACGUCCGUUUCACUGGCUGUGCAGCAGUCCGGCGCCUCGAGGAACGUGUACCUGGGCAACCUGCCGGAGGAUAUCACGGAAGAAGAGAUUCGGGAAGACCUGGGCAAGUACGGCGCCAUUGACACCGUCAAGAUGGUUAGGGAGAAGAACAUUGCCUUCGUCCACUUCCUUUCGAUUGGCAACGCGGUAAAAGCGGUUGCCCAGCUCCCCCAGGAGCCGAAGUGGCAGGCUCCACGCCGUGUUUACUACGGCAAGGACCGAUGUGCGUAUGUCUCCAAAACCCAGCAGCAAAACGCGGCCCAGUACUUGGGCAUCGCUCCUGGCUACGCCCACGUGCUCAACGGCGCCGAUCGUGACCUGAUCUCGAGCGCGCUCGCUCAGCAAUCGGUCGCCGCUGCCGCCGUCGCCACUUCGGCGGGCGGUGUCAACAACCUCGGAAACCGAACCGUGUACCUGGGCAACAUCCACCCCGAAACCACGAUCGAGGAGAUCUGCAAUGUCGUGCGCGGCGGUCUACUCCAUCACAUCCGCUACAUUCCAGACAAGCACAUCUGCUUCGUGACAUUCAUCGACCCCACAUCCGCUGCCUCCUUCUACGCUCUGAGCAACCUGCAGGGCCUCAUGAUCCACAACAGGAGGCUCAAGAUCGGUUGGGGUAAGCAUUCUGGUGCACUUCCACCGGCGAUUGCCCUGGCGGUCAGUGGCGGUGCCUCCAGAAACGUGUACAUUGGCAACCUCGACGAAUCGUGGACCGAAGAUCGCCUUCGCCAGGACUUCUCCGAGUACGGCGAGAUUGAAUUGGUCAACACGCUGAGGGAGAAGAGCUGUGCGUUUGUCAACUUCACCAACAUCGCGAACGCGAUCAAGGCAAUUGAAGCGGUGCGUGGCAAGGAGGAGUACAAGAGAUUCAAGGUCAACUUCGGCAAGGACCGCUGUGGCAACCCUCCUCGUCAGAUCAACACCCAACAUGGGAACCAGCAAAACAAUGAGGGUGGCUCCUCGUCAUCUCCGGUCAACGGCAUGCAGGGUCCCAACCGGCAGACGUCGCCUUCGAAUGUUACAACCGGCAUUCUUAACUCAGGCGGCCCAAACGCGCUGCUGAUGUACCUCCAGCAAGCGCAGGCUAACCAGGUACCGACACAUACAUCGACACCUGACAUACCGUCGAUCAACAAUCUGCCUCAGCAAUCUGCCUUCACGUCAGCACAGACACAGGCGGCCUUCUACAGCGCUGACACGUCGCCCCAGCCAACGCCGAGUCUGCACCCAAACGGUCCGUCCCAUAGUUCGAGCGCCAGCUUUAGCCUUGCAAACGGAAGCUCCAGCGGCAUCAACGGAAUCAACGGCACCAACACCAUCGGCGGUCUUCUUGCCCCGUCAAAUAUGGCUGGUCGCGGCUCGCAGCACUCGCGCGCCGUGAGUCUGCCCGUAUUCACACAGGCGCAGAACAUGCCCAGCCCGCUGGCACAGCAAUCGCAGCACCAAAGCAAUGGCUACAGCGGAAUGAGCUCGGGUCUCGGUGGCUACAGCGUGGGCAACUCGGGUUACGGCCUUGCCAUCAACGACGGCGGCCACAACGGUCUUCCUGGCUGGGUUGAGGAGGAAAUUGGCGCGCAGUAAUUUGCCUCGGGAACGAUCAAAGACUCUAGCAAGCAGCCUUUUGUUUCCUCCCCUUUUUCCGGCUCUGCCCGCCUCUGCGCGUUUCACGACUUCUCUGUGUUUUUUUUUCGUCCCUGUAAUCCUUUGGCGAACCUUAUACCAAAUUGUAGUUCCACGACCCAACUCUUGUGUUGUAUGUGAUCGAUUUACCCUGCCGUUUUGUAUUGUUCGCCUGGUUUGUUCUGUAAGGGAGUAUUUAUGGGAUGCAAACGCGCGCAUGCAAUGGGAUCUGAUUCAUUCAUUCUUUUUGUUCGGUUUCGAGUCACCAUCCAUUCUUUGUUCAUUUUCUAUUGCUACAACAAUCGGGCUGGUCAAACUUAUCAUUAAUAACUCCUUUCCCCUCUUCCACCACAGUGCUUUCCCAUAGCUUUUUCUCGUUAUAUUCUUCGUUUUCUUCUUUUUGUUCUCGACUAUUGUUAAUAUGCUGUGGUGGAACGGAGUAACUGCCGUUCGUCCUUUUCACCUGCAUUCCGUUUUUUUGGCUUACACAUCGGAUCGCUGUUGCAACAUACAAAUGCGGUCUGGAUGGGAAAGAGUGAGAGAAAGAGAGAUACCACAGGAAACAGCCAAAAGGCCUAUUGAAGGUAUGGGAAGCUUGAGAGGACGAGAUGUUUGGGAGAAGUACGGCUGGUCUAUUCGUGGCCAGGUGAGGAGGCACAGGAAUGGGUUUAUGUAGCAAGUACGGGUAGGAGCAUAGUCAAUCUCGCCAGACGAAUAAGAGACCCGUUCCUCCACCACUCAAAGGCAAAGGCAAUCUAAUGUAGUCAGAUUAGAAAGAGCUUCCCGCUCAAAAGCUGCCUUGGUUUCCC